CACACUCUCUCUUUCUCGCCAUUAUAUAACUCCAUUGCCGAAGAGCUUGUAAGCUUCAGACUUACAUUUUCCCUGUUUUCAAAAACGAAACCCGAAAAAAAAAACUAAGGAUCGUCGGUUGGAGGAACAGAGAGUCAACAAAAGAAGGUCCGAGAGGAAUAAUCGGAAAGCUUCGACAUUUCUGGAAAAAAUUACAGUUUGAGGAUAAUCCCAUUAUCUCUGGACAAAUCUUCUUAAGAAAUUUUUUAGGUUUAAAGAUCUGAAGAUUCCUAUUGAAUGGGGAUUUCUCUCUCUUGCCCGUUUGCGGAGCACAACGACGUGGAAGCUGGUUUGGAAUCCGUCAAAGUGAAGUCCAUAUGUUUCGGAGACGAUGACUGUAAAACUCCGACAAGAUCUGUCAACUUCAACGACACAACUCACGAACCCACGAUUCUGAAAUCUAUGGGAACUGGGAAAAUGGUCGUGGAGAAGUCAGUUAGCUUCAAAGGGAGUCAACUCGAGAGGAUCAUAUCUCUUAACAGGUCCCUCGCAACAAAGGAAGAUCAUAAGAAAGACAAUGCCUGUGGGAUUAGGGAAUUGCCUGUUUGGAAUCCGAGGAACCCUAAACACGAAGCAGCCAUUAAAUUGCAGAAAGUAUACAAAAGCUUCCGUACCAGAAGAAAGCUCGCCGACUGUGCAGUUCUCGUGGAGCAAAGCUGGUGGAAGCUCUUGGAUUUUGCAGAGCUGAAGAGGAGCUCCAUUUCGUUCUUUGAUAUCGAGAAACAUGAAUCUGCCCUUUCUCGCUGGUCAAGAGCUAGAACCAGAGCCGCUAAGGUUGGUAAAGGUCUGUCCAAAAAUGGAAGAGCUCAAAAGCUCGCUUUGCAACACUGGCUAGAGGCGAUCGACCCAAGACAUCGGUAUGGACACAACCUGCACUUCUACUAUAACAAAUGGCUCCAUUGCCAGAGCAGAGAGCCCUUCUUCUACUGGCUUGAUAUUGGAGAGGGGAAAGAGGUAAAUCUCGUGGAGAAAUGUCCCCGUUGGAAACUUCAACAGCAGUGCAUAAAGUACCUUGGUCCGAUGGAAAGGAAUGCAUAUGAGGUGGUUGUGAAAGACGGCAAAUUCUUCUACACGCAAAGUGGAGAGAUUCUUCACACAAUGGAUGCAGAAGAUAUCGAUUCUAAGUGGAUUUUUGUACUUAGCACAUCGAAGACAUUAUAUAUCGGGAAGAAGAAAAAGGGUACGUUUCAGCAUUCGAGUUUCUUGGCGGGAGGAGCUACAAUUGCAGCUGGGAGACUGGUCAUUGAAUAUGGUGUUCUUAAGGCGGUUUGGCCACACAGUGGGCAUUAUCAGCCGACAGAAGAGAAUUUCAUGGAUUUUCUCUCCUUCCUCAGAGAGAACAAUAUUGAUAUCACCGAUGUGAAGAUGAGUUCAACUGAUGAGGAUGAGUUCUCUAUUCACAAACAAAGAAGCACCCAUAUAAGAAACCACUCUUUGGAAGAAGACUUAACACAAGUGCUGGACUGUGUAGAGACCGAAACGAUCAGUACAUUUCAAGACAAACCCGAUUCAGGAAUAGAAGAAACAAAUCCGGUGAUCAAACAUUCAAAGUCAAGAACGUUGCCUGAUCAAGGAAUACCGAAAAAGGUCGAAUCUUUCAGCACAUAUGAUGAAGAAAACCGAUCAAUGGAGCCGAAUCAUGGCCAAAUCUCUGAAGGGUAUGACUCAGCUGACGAAGAAGAAGAAGAAGACGAGGAAGAGAUGCUUGACAAUAUAGAUCAAGAAUCAAAGCCUCUUGAGUUGAACACAGCCGGAGAAGAAACCCGGGAGCGAGAAGUAGUGAACAUACCAGAGGAAUCAAUCCUAAAGAGGAUCAAUUCUAAGAAGGAAACGAAAUCUCUGCAACUGGGGAAACAACUAUCAUGCAAAUGGACAACAGGAGCAGGGCCGAGGAUCGGUUGUGUAAGAGAUUAUCCAUCUGAGCUUCAGUUUCGGGCACUCGAACAAGUGAACUUGUCUCCGAGAAGUGAUUCGGUCUCAAGAUCUUGUUUCUCGCCCCAAGCCCCAAACCCUACCCAUUUGUCCCCCGCCAUGGAGAGGGAUUACACAUCAUGACUGAGUAUUUUUUUUUUGUCAGUUCCUUAAUUUCUUCCUGAUCUAUUCUUUUUGUGUGAAUAGAGAAAGAUGACAUAGGGAUUCUUUUUUCUCUCUCUUCUUUAACAGCCCACUGCGGUUUUCAUUUGUUUAUUCGGUUUCUUGUUGUCCAAGAAACAGCAGAAAUGUAAGAUUUUUUUAUAUGGCUUAGUGAAGAACAUCUUUCCC